GUCAACACUUCCUUGUUUAAAAUGGCCGCCCCACCACUAAACUAUAAACUCACGAGUUAACUUCGAUUGUAUAUUGUAGCACACCAAGACCUAUUUAAUGUCACAAUGCCGGGAGCCGAUAAAGAAACGGACCUCACGGAGAGAGUUGAGGCCUUUUUGUCCGACCUGAAGCGAGGGGGAAGCGGCAUAGGACCACUGCGGGGCUCGGCGGAGACAGCCCGAGAAACGACAUCCUUGCUCCGCAGAAUCACAUCCCAGGCUCGGUGGAGCAGUGCAGGGGAUCUCAUGGAAAUCAUCCACAAGGAGGGGAGGAGGAUGGCUGCUGCCCUACCAUCAGAGACCACUGUGGGCAACAUGAUCAGACGAGUGCUGAAGAUCAUCAGAGAGGAGUAUGCCAGGUCUCGAGGUAGCAGCGAGGAGACUGACCAGCAGGAAUCCCUCCACAAGCUGCUGACGUCUGGGGGCCUCAGCGAGGAGAACUUCAGGCAGCAUUUCGCUCCUCUCAAAGCUAACGUGAUCGAAGCUAUCAACGAGUUGCUUACGGAGCUGGAGGGAACCACCGACAACAUCGCCAUGCAAGCUCUGGAGCACAUUCACUCCAACGAGGUCAUCAUGACCAUUGGACGCUCUCGCACCGUGGAGGCCUUCCUGGAAGACGCGGCUCGCAAGCGCAAGUUCCAUGUCAUCGUUGCCGAGUGUGCACCUUUUUGUCAGGGUCACGAGAUGGCGACCAGUCUGUCCAAAGCUGGGAUUGAAACGACUGUCAUCGCAGACGCCGCCAUAUUUGCUGUGAUGUCUCGUGUGAACAAGGUGAUCAUCGGGACACAGACAGUUCUCGCCAACGGAGGACUGAGAGCUGUAAACGGCACACACACCCUGGCCCUGGCUGCUAAGCACCAUUCUACGCCGCUCAUUGUUUGUGCCCCCAUGUUCAAGCUCUCGCCUCAGUUUCCAAACGAGGAGGACACCUUCCAUAAGUUUGUCUCCCCUCAUGAGGUGCUUCCAUUUACUGAAGGCGAGAUCCUCUCCAAGGUGAACGUGCACUGCCCCGUCUUUGACUACGUCCCACCUGAGCUCAUCACGCUCUUUAUCUCCAACAUUGGCGGGCACGCACCAUCCUACAUCUACAGACUCAUGAGUGAACUCUACCACCCUGAAGAUCAUGAACUGUAAACGGUAAAAAUAAAGAAAUACAUAAAUA